CUGCUGGAGGAGGACAAAGCGGCUGCGGAGCCGCUUUGGGGAGGCCGAGCGCUUGCUGGGGUCUGGCUGGUGUUUAAGGAGACGACGGCAAACUACUAGUCCGACCUUUAGCCAGCGCGGGUGUCAUCUGCUGCGUUAGUUCCACUUUCGGGAGUGGAUUAUGUGAAGCUUCCCCCAAACUGUCGUGCAUACUUAGAAGUAUUAAUUCAUGGCUUGGCUCCUUUGCCAGGGGAAGUUUAAGGUCUUCUGAAAAUUAAAUUUCCUUCUUAUUCUUCCCAGAAAUAGCUCUUAAAUGAAUCUGUGCGAGAAUAAAAACAAAAAAUAAAACAGCCCCCCCACCACUAAAGCCACUGGGCCUAGGGCAUUUGCUUAGAAGGAAAACUGGUUAAAUUAAUCAAAGUUAUAACCAAUUAAAAAGACUAUCUUACAGGGGAAAGUAUUAGGCAGCCUGAAUUAGAAUUUCUGUUUAUGUAAUUAUUCUGUUAAAAUAUUAAUUAUAUUUUGGUAUGUUUAAAAGAAUAUUAAUUUUGUAAUAAUAAUAGUUACCCACCUACUGUCUCAGAUGAUUAACAUGAUAGACAUCUGCAGUAAAGCGAGUGUGUGAAAAUAGCGUAUAAGUGCCAAUUAGAAAAGCUGUAUAUUUUAUUUUAUUUAGUUACACAUAAAGUAGAUAACUAUGUGACUAUGACAGGAUGCCAGGCAGGUUGUCUUUGACUUGUAGGCAGUCACAAGCCUUGCUGCUGAAGGUGAUGGACAUGGUCGGUGCUUUCCUUUCAGGCUAUGCAAGGGAACAACAAUACUACAGGCUAUUACACUUCCAGCAUGCUAUACCCAAUUCUGUCUUUGCACUGUAAUGAUAUAGUCCUUCCCAGCAUAGCGUGGUAUUCAGUAUCUGAUUUUUUCAAAGCAGGAGUAUUGUUGACAAGGAUGACCAACUAGAUUUUGCCCUGCUGGAUCAUUUUCAGAGUCUUUUUGUACCACAGCAUGUAUUUAUCACAUCUUAUAGCCUGCGAAAGCCUUGACUUUAUGAACUCUAGUCUUCUGUCUUCUUAGCUAAAGGCAUGUUAUGCCUUCUGUCGGGCUGGGUGAUAAAAAGAUGCAUCUCCAAGACAGUCAGGCUAAUACUGUGCUAGGUGGACCCUUGGUCUGAAGUAAUAGGCUGUUCUUAACAGCUAAAUGUCCCUUUGUUUCCUGCUAGUCCAAAUACUGGAAAGAACACUGUCUGAAAACAGAAUGAUUGCAAGUAAGGGGCAGGGGUUCGAUUUGGGUUAGACAUGUCUGUAUUAAAGGUCUGUGUUAAAAGCAGCAAGAAAAUGAAAGCAAGGAGGCAAUAAAAGAAUCAUUUGUAGACUGGCUCAAAGGGAGAAUAAACGAAGAAACGAGCUUUUUGGGGGGCUGAAUGCUGGUUGAAAGUGAGGUUUGGGAAUGCAGUCAAGAAAGCUUUCUCUUGUCAUUUAAUCCCACUGUGCUGGGCACAACAAAGCUCUUUCUACUGUCUUUGUUAAUGAGCAGGACUGUAUUCAAGAUGCGUAUGAUUCUGUCACCGAUUUUUCCUGCAAACAGAAACAAGUCAGAAGUCCGAAAGUUGACAAAUUGUUUGGGUCAAAAGAGGGAUGCAGUAUCAAAGUGAUACAUAUGUUGUAACAAGCUUGUGAUUUUGUCAUGUGCAUCGCUUUACUCCAGGACUUAUUAAGGUCAAGGUUUCUGUAAAAGUUGUGGCAUGAUGCUUGAAGAUUGCUAAGCCCAGUCAGGGCCCCCUGAGGAAAAAAGGCCUCAGUGCAGACAUAGGCCUGCCUUCAUGCCAAGUGCAUCACAAGGCUGGAGCCUGUUCUGUUUGAUUAGCCAUUUCUUUGGCUCCAGUAUCUAAGCCAAUAGGCAGCUCAGGAUCACCAGAUUUGGGAUUUAAAAAUACAGGCCUGUCGCUGGUAUUCGUACCACCCCCAAAGUCCUGCUGUCAUACUGCUAUUACUCCUUCUGCUCCUUACAGCCUGGUGGGGCUGCCCUGGUUGCAGGGCACCCUGCCCCAAGCAUGGUGCACCCCAUAUCCCUUGGUCCUCACCAUCUCCAUAGGCAGCUGCUAUGGCAAUGGUAUAUUAUUUAUGUGAUAUAUGGUUUAAGGCAUCAAAGCAAACUGUAAGGAGAGGGUUGGAGAAAAGCACAGACAGCAGAGGGAUUUCCCGUCCUUCAUACUCAAAUCCCAUAUUCCAUUUUAAAAGCAUAUAGGAAAUAGAGGGAAGAAAAAUAUCUCUUAUGCUUUCAGUAUGAGAUAUGUGGUAUGUGUCCUGUAGUUGAUGGUGUAUCUGGCAACCUUACUGACAAUACCGAGUCCAGCCGAUGUCUUCACUACGUGGGCACUGCCUGGUCUGCUGGCUGGUGGUGGAAAAAUAAGAAACAAAAUGAAACCUCUCCAAAGCAUCUGGCAUUUCAGGAGCCUGCUUACCAAGUGCUGCUGUCAUGGUCAGCUUCACAGCUGUCCUCUUCCUUCUGUCGCUACGAAGAUGGGUUAUGUGAUGGGACUGCACAACUGGAGGCCAAAGUCUUUGUUGGACACAACUAGAGUGAGUCUGACAUUUAGCAGUCAGCUUAGGAAAAAACAUCAGGAUUCUCAUGCGUUGUGGAAGCAUGAGGCUAUGCAGAAGUAUCUAGAGACUCUACGCAAGGAAUACCAGCAGGUUAGUCGUCUGUUAAAUGCUGGCUCAAUAAAUGACUUUGAGGAAAGAUCCCUGAAGAGAAGACAUGCUAAUCUGUCUCCAGUUGCAGCUCUAUUUCAAGAAAUCAAAGAGGCAGAAAGAGAGGUUCAAGAGUUAGAAGCCAUGUGCAAAGAGCUAGACAGCAGAGAUGAGAAACAACUUCUAGAGCUUGCCUUAGAAGAGAAGGAAACCCUUGAUAAAAAAAUCAACACAUUGUGCAGAAAGCUUUUCCAGAUUCUAGUGCCGAAAGAAAAGUAUGAUGGAAGUCAUGUCAUAUUAGAAGUGACAGCUGGCAGAACAACUGGAGGUGACAUCUGCCAACAGUUCACUAAAGAAAUGUUUGAGAUGUACCAGAACUAUGCAGACUAUAAAUGUUGGACCUUUGACAUUCUGAACUACACGCCGGCUGAGAUAGGUGGGUUGCAUCAUGCAGCUGCUCAAAUUUCAGGAGAUGACGUCUACAGGCAUCUGAAAUAUGAAGGAGGGAUACAUCGAGUCCAGCGAAUCCCUGAGACAGGCCUAUCAUCAAGAAUGCAGCGUAUUCACACUGGGACAAUGUCAGUUAUUGUCCUCCCUCAGCCAGAGGAGGUCAAUAUUAAAGUGGAUCCCAAAGAUUUGCGUAUAGAUACAUUCAGGGCCAAAGGAGCAGGAGGGCAACAUGUUAACAAAACUGAUAGCGCUGUGAGAAUUGUGCACCUUCCCACAGGACUAACAGUUGAGUGCCAGCAGGAGCGAUCACAGCAAAUGAACAGAGAAAUAGCUCUGCGGACACUGAGAGCUAAGCUGUACCAGCAGAUCAUUGAAAAACAACUAAGCCAAGAGCAGAGCGCCAGAAAACUGCAGUUGGGAACAAGAGCACAGUCGGAGAGAAUUCGUACUUAUAACUUCACUCAAGACAGAGUCACUGACCACCGGAUCUCAUACGAUGCACGCAAUAUCAAGGAAAUUCUAAGUGGGAAAGAAGCACUGGAUAAGCUAAUCAACAGACUACUGGAGUUUGCAGAAGUAGAGGCUCUCACUGAAUAUCUGGAAAACUUGCAGUCUUUGGAAAGAGGCUCCUGAAAACCUUGUGUACAGUUAAAGAAGAAAUUUUGCCUUUAAUAGCAAAAUAAAAUGGAUGCAUCUGUUAGAUGAUAGCUUGGUUAAAAUCUAUGCCUCUGUCUUUCAAUAUGUGUCAUACGACCUUUUAUAUUUUGGCACGAAUGGACUCAACGUGUUGAAUUUAUUAAAGUUUCCCUAGCAGAGGAGAACAGCCUGGGAGUACUGUGUGCACCAGCCUUCUCUCUGCCUUGGCAGUAUGGCUUUGGUAAGCCAGACCCUCUCUUGUCCAUAUUGCAGCUGGACAGGUAUGAUGAUGGAGCAGAAGAAAUACCAUGCAGUGCAUGUGGUGUGUCCCUGUCUCCCCCCCCAUUAAACUCCGUGGACACUGGGGAUGGGAGAUGUUCCUCUUCAGGUUAAAAAGCACCAAGCUUCCCUAACACAGCCUAGAAUCUGGCCUCAUGAAUCAUACUUACUUCUAUCCAUCCACUGAGUGAGCUCCUUAAAUGUAGUCUUUUGAGUAAUUGUAUUAAUAUGUUUUUUUUUUUAAUGAGUGUACAAAAGCAAAGGUAGCAAUCUGGAGAAGAGUCCAGAAUCUUAAGUGAUGUGCCUUUCAGCUUUCUUGCAGACAUACUUGGGCCAGUUUUGGGUGGGUGUGGACCACAUGCUGCAAUAUGGUGUAAAAAAACCCCUUUUAUCUAGCUUCGUAUUAAGUUGACAAAAUUCUGGAAGGAGUUUAGCAAUGGUAACAGGUAGCUUCCUCCUUCUCAAUAGAGAAAAUGAACUCAUAGUGGAGAUGUAGUAUAGCAAAUAAGAUAAUUCUGGAAUUCAACUAAUUUCUGCCUGGAUACUUUUGUGAAUGUGUGCUGUUACUGAGGGCCAGCCAGAUAUCUUCAGAACACUUGUUUUUGGUAGGAUUUGUAUCCAUGUUUUCACCUAAGCAUGUAUUGUGCAACAUGCUUACAGCUACAUGUGCGUAGGCAGUCAGUAGUCACAUGCAGUGAUUCAGGAAUACUCACGUGUUUAACAUUACACAAAAAUAUGUAACUGCAUUGCUGAAUUGAGCUAACUUGCUAGAUGAAUGUGUUCUUUUAUCCUGCUAUUCCCAAACUGUGCUGUGAAACUGCUCUUAUUUUUCUGUACAGUCUUUUGAAAGUGACGACUCAAUUCAUUUUUGUAUUCACACAUUUUUGUAAUCAUGAAUGAUACAGGAUUGAAAAAAUGUCCAUGUAUUUUAACAAAGAAAUUACUUCAAUACUCCAUUCUUCUAAA